AUGGAAGUAUACGUUAGCACCCAACAAGAUGGGCUACUCAAGUAUGAUAAUAGUCCUUCCAGCAUUGUAAAAAGGUUAAUUUCUUCAAUAUCAAAAACGGGAAGAAACAUAACUAUGGACAAUUGGUAUACCUCAAUACCACUGGCCAUUGACUUAUUGGAAAAUCAUAAAUCGACUAUUGUGGAAACUGUUAUGAAUGUAAAUCUUAUCUAUAUAAUCUACCUUAUCUGUCUUAUGUAAUCUAUAUUAUCUAUGUAGCAUUAUGGUAAUAUGUGAUAAGAUUAGUAUAGUAUGCUAUGGAGUGUUAUUCUGUUUUGUCUAACAAUUUGUAUCCACAUAGUACCUGCCAAAUAAAAAUUACUCAUAAAAUUAAAGUAUCUAUAGCCUAAAUAUGGCUCAAAUAUUUUAACAGUUUUAGCAUGUAAAAAAAGCAAAUAUAAGUUUUUUGGCCAAAUUUCAAAUCUCUACGAACAUUUCCAAUUGAAUUACAACAAAGACCACAAUUGAAAAUAAAAACAUUAUUUUCGUAAAUUUACCGUUUUUUUAAGUUUUCUUCCAGAUUUUCCCAGAUAUUAUGAAACAUCAAAAAAACUUCCCAAUGUACCAUAUAGAUAAUAUUUCCUUUCAGAUGUACACAUAUCGGAGCAAGAUUUCUGGUAGAAAUUUUUGUCUCAGUGUUGUUAAAUGAUAUAUUGAUUAUAUCUAUCAUAUCUACAUCUGGGCCAAUGACUAUGCCAAAUGUAAGUCCAGUGCUUUUGGGAGGGGGCGAUUGCCUCCAUUGCCCUCCUUCCCUCAGUGACGCGCCUGGUUCUGAAGUGAGACCACCUGUUUACCUAUUCUAUUAGACCAGGAAGGCUGCUGCGAUUUCGUAUAACGCAUAAUAUUAUUUUGUAAAAGGCCAUCGUCCAGACGAUAAACGCAGAACUAAAUGCUACGGCAAAAAUUAUAAGAUAUUAAAAUGUGUAACGUACUGUCCCGUAAAAGAAAAAUAUUGUCAAUGUACGGGACAUAAUCGAUUUGAAAUUGGUAACUUAUUUAUACAUACCCCAUGUUACUGAUUAAUCCGCGCAAAUUUAAUUUGUACAAUAACUAUCAUUAUAGUUAUUAGUACCACGGUCUUAGACUGGUAGUAAUGGGGUAGUACUAUGGAUCUAUAUUUCAUAAUUAUGACAUACGAUGAUACGAUGACUAUAAUUCGUUUUCAAUCGUUGAUCAAAUAUUUGGCAAAACUAAUAUUGUAGAAAUGUUUCUAAAAUAUAUUAAGUUUCACGUACACCAAAUAUUUGAUAAAAUAUUUAAUCAUAUGAACCGCGGGGCUUUAAGAAAUCUAAUUUUUCACAACCAUCCCACAACAAUAUAUUUUUUUCUUAAUUUUCCUAAACGCUAAUUUUUUUCAAAAAUAUACUCGUAUUACAACUCCGCACGAAAAUCCAUAAAAACAUUUAUUCAAUGACAUUCAAAAUUAAAUGAAAUGUUUAUAUAUCAGUUAAUUUUUUUCAUUAAACUUCAAAUCAGUUUAAUUUUAAUAUUUUAAAAUGAAAUAAUUUACCAAUUUAUCUGUUAUUCUAAAACUGUUGAGGACUACGACACUGCUGUUGAACAGCAGGGCUGAUACACAAAUGAGUGAGAGCACUUGAACGUAAAAAAAAAGCAAAAUAAUACGAAAAUUAUGUAAAACCAUGGAGUAUAAAUAUAGGUACACGAGUAAACUUCAGAACUACUGGGAACACACAUCCGUACAUGAACGGAUUUUGAAACUGCCCCGGAUUGAUGACCAGCCCUUGUGAUCACGAGCUCUAGCGGUGACUAGCGGAUUAAUUCCGAAACUAGUGAUCACGAGCUCUAGCCACCCCUGGUGGAUUACUUCUAGAACUAUAAAAUAAACAAGAAUGCGCGCAGUGGCAUUCCGCCUGAUAGGUUAUCACACACGUUAUACCCCGCGCCACUAUACCACUACUACCGCAACUUUCCGUACCACCAAUAGUCUCUCCCAAACCAAAAUUAAAAUUAAAAUACUCUUCAAUGGAUUGACGAGAAUCAAAACUUUCCACGCCAAAAUGUAUUUAUAUAUAGUUUGCCGUUGGAAAAUCAAAAGUAGGUACCUGUUUCACCCCCAAAAAUAAUAAUAAAUAAAACAAUUCGAGUGAGCCCUCAUUGUAACUAUUUCACGAGGAUAUCAAAAUAUCUAUAAACUUAAGUAGAAACUAUAAUAGGUAAUUAUUUAGGUAAAUUUUUACGGUUAAUCUCUUAACUGAUGAUGAAUUAUUAGGUUUAUACAAUUUUUCAAAGAUUUCAACAAUUUAAAUAUUUUUAAUUUUCAAUUCUAAAUAAUAAUUAAAGUAACUGAUAAUAACUGUGCAAUAUAUAUUUAUAAAGUGGAAAAAAUAGUACUUUUUCACGAAAAUAGAACGCAAAAUGAAUAUUAUUUAGAAAUGGCAACGAAAACAAAUCGUAUUAUCGAAGUUGGUAAACCUAAUACAUUUUUAGAAAAUUAAACAAUUAGAAAUCUUUACAUUCGGCAUUAGGAAUGAUUAAAAUUUAAAAAUUAUGACGGAAAAAAUAAUCCCCCGGUUUAAAAAACAGAUUUUGGAAAAAAAAGUUUCCUGGGCGGGUUAAACAAUUAAUAUUUGUAUGGAAAAAAACUUUCGGUAAGCGCAACGGACAUAGAAAAUAAUGGGUACGCGAAAUACACAAGCAUAAAAUGGUCGGUACGAUGACGCUGCGGCCACAUUUCAUAAAUUCGCCGUUUUCACGAGUUUCGGAGUGGGGCACACUCGUGGGCCAAUUCCGUUACGACGGCGCCCGGCGAGAAACGCAAAACUAAAUGCCACGAAGAAAAUUACGAUCCGGUAUAAAAUAAUAUAAUAAUGUGGAACGGCACAGUCCCGUAAAAGAAAAAAGGAAAAUAUAAUUUAUAAUAUUAUAGAGAAAAAAAACAAAAAAGAACAUAUGGGACAUACUCGAUUUGAAAUCGGUAACUUGUUCAUACCUAUCCCGUAUUACUGUAAUUGCUAGGGCCCGGAUUUCAAUGCAAAAUGCAUCUUUUUUCGGUUAAUCUCAGACAACGCUUUUCAAGUUUAUCAUUUGAUUCAUGUAACAGAGACUUCAAAGGUGACAUUUUUAUUUUGCAUUUUUUAGCUUUUUUUUUGCAUAUUUCAAUAUUUUAUUCAUUUUUAGAACAUAUUUUAGCAUUUUUCGGUCAUUUUUUCGUUUUCAAGGCAUAUUUGUACAAUAUGCGAGUAUAAUAUAUAGACAUACAGUAUUUAUACAUUUUACGGCCAUAGAUUAAUAAUAUUUGGAAUAUUAAUUCUCAAAUACGACUUAAUAAUCUAAAUAUAGCUAAUUCAAAAUAUUACUCGUGUUUUUCGGAUUUUUUCUUACAAUUUAUAAACCAUUCUAUACAUACAAUAUUGUCUAUCUUAUCUUUAUUUAUAAUCGCUCGGACAUGGCAAAUAAUAAAUAAUAUUAUUAAUUGGUAAGUUCGUAUCACGUCUUGGUGGGGCGUUAAUUUCGUUUUUCGUUAUGUUGAUUCGUUCGUUCGUACAAUGUCUAAAAUAAAAUAAUCUACUUCUUCGGGCUUGGGUGACUACGUAAAUGAAUUUGGUAGAGAUGUAUUUACAACAGAUAGAACUAUUUUACUCUGUGAAAUUUGUAAAAUUAAAGUUACGGCUGAAAAAAAAUUUUCAAUUCAGCAACAUAUUUCAAGAGAAAAACAUAUUAAUGGAUUAAAAUUGAUGAAAAAAAAAAUGAAAAACCUCAACAACUCUUAAACAACGUAUUAAACAAUAAUAAAACAAACAUUUUUAAUAAAGAACUUUGCAUGGCUAUGUUAUCAGCAAAUAUUCCAUUUAAUAAACUGAAGAACAAGUUACUUAGUAAUUUUUUAGAAAAACAUACGGACAAAAAAAUGCCAGAUGAGUCUACUUUGCGAAAAAAACUAUGUCGAUAAAUGUUUUAAUGGAACUAUUAAUUCUAUUCGACAAUACGUUGAAAAUAAAAAAAUAUGGGUUAGUAUUGAUGAGAAACCUGACGUCGGAGGUAGUUAUGUUGCCAAUGUAAUAGUUGGUACACUAGAAAUAUCUGAGCCCGGAAAAUCUUUUUUAUUGAACUGUGAAGUACUGGAAAAAGCUAAUAAUAGCACUAUUGCAAAACUGUUUGACAGAUCUAUGGGUAUAAUAUGGCCAGACGGAGUAAAACACGAUAAUGUUUUAUUGUUCGUCAGCGACGCAGCUCCAUACACGGUUAAAGCUGGUAAAAAUAUAAAAGCUCUGUACUCAAAAAUGGAACACGUCACAUGCCUCGCACACGGUCUACAUAGGGUAGCUAAAAAAGUGUGAGAUCAUUUUCCUAAAGUGGAUGCAUUGAUAUCAAAUGUACAGACAUUUUUUUUAAAAGUACCUUCAAGAGUACUAAAAUUUAAAUGUAUGGGCCCAACUAUUCCUUUACCAACUCAACCAAUACUGACACGUUGGGGUACUUGGUUAGAAGCUUCGGUAUACUACUGUGAAUAUUUUCAAUUUAUUAAAACAACUAUUGAUGGAUUUGAAGAAAACGACGCAAUAGCUAUCAAAAAGCGCAACAUUUAAUGGCAGACAAAGAAAAUGAAGCCAACUUGAUAUUCAUAAAAGCCAAUUAUGGAAAUAUACCAAGCUGUAUAACACGCCUUGAAGCAUCAGGUAUACCUCUAGUUGAGGCAAUUGGUAUCGUAAAUAAUGCCAAAACUUGUAUUUUAAAUAACACAAGCAGUUAUGGAGAAACAAUAAACAAACAAUUAGAAAUUGUUUGAAAUAAAAAUAAUGGUUAUACUGUAAUAGAAACGAUUUCAAGUAUUUUAGAAGGCAACGAAACCUCUCUAAAAAACAUACCGGGAGAAUUAACACCAGAUGAUAUUUGUCACUUUAAAUAUGCUCCUAUAACAUCCGUGGACGUCGAAAAGAGUUUUUCAACAUAUAAAAAUAUUAUUUCGGACAAUAGAAGAUCGUUGGUGUUUGAAAAUAUUAAACAAUAUAUUAUUGUUCAAUGCAAUGCUCAACAUUUUAUAGGUAAAAUACUCAAUAGGUAAAUUUUAUAGGUAAAAACCUAACCUAACCUAACGUAGAAUUUAACAUAAUCUUAAGUGUAUAUUUUGCUAUGUUUAGAAUGAACAAUACAGCCUCCAAUCAAACAGUCAAAUACAGCCCUUCAGUCAAAUCCAUCGUCGCUAGUCGCAAGUCAAAUUUUUCGAUUUUCAGUUGUUUUUUUUUUUUUUUUUUUUAAUAAAAUUAAAAUAUUAUAAAUUACCAAUAAAACAAUAAUUUAAUAAAAAUGUAAAAGUCAUUUUUUAAGGGCAUUUUCCUGGUAAAAUGUAUUUUUUAAAGGCAUUUUUAGUGCAUUAAAAUCCGGGCCCUAGUAAUUACUAUUACCCGCUCGACUGUGAUAUUAAUAAUUUUAUAUCAUUAUACUAUUACUCGUUUUACUAUUUUUUGUUUAUCUGCCCACGCGAUAGUUUUUUCGAUUUUUUGCGUACCGUGAUAUUUGCUGUACGUGCGUUAUUUUUACACCGAAAACAAACGUUUUCAACGUGGCGUUUAUACUUCUCGCCCUAUCGCCCAACCGCGGUUCGGCAAUGGACGUUCAACGGGUCGGCCGACAACGGCGUAUAGAGUCGGGGAUUACCAGUUCAGAAUGAAUAAAGGAAGGUACACAAAAUUGUUUUACGAUUAUUUUUUUUUCGCGAUGAAAUUAUUUUUUACGCACGGCAUUAUCGAAUAUAUUUAUAAUCAAUUUUCCCGGAACGAUAAGAAUCGGUUUUUUUUUUUAUUCUUAAUUUUUCCCAAACGCCAUUGUUUUUUUUUUUUUCAGAAAUAUACUCGUAUAUUUCUCUGGCGUCUCUGGCUAUGCUAAAUGCCGGAAAAUUUAGUUCCGAACAAAUACCGUAAAAACGUUUACUCGAUGACGUUCAAAAUUAAACGAAAUGUUUGUACAUCGGCUACAUUUUUUUUUGUUAAAUUUAAAAUCAGUAUUUUAAAAUUAAAUAAUUUACUGAUUGAUCUGUUACUCUAAAACUGCUGUGGUCUAAUCGAGUAAACGUCAACAGGUGUCUAUAUGAUAUAAUACACUACCUUCUUUGGAUACUGCUGUUGAACGGCACGGCUGAUAGACGAAUAAGUCUGAGAGGAACACAAGAACGUAAAAAAAAAGCAAAAUAAUAACUAUGUGAAAUCGCAGUGGAUAAGUAUAGGUACACGAGCAAGCUUCGGAACUACUAAGAGCGCACAACCGCACACGAACGCAUCGACUGAAAAACUGCGAGCCGCUUCAGAUUGUAAAACUGCCCCGGAUUGA